GAGGGCUAAGCGGACAUCAUGGCUGCUCAGAAAGGUUUCUGGGAUGCUAUUGUGAUUGGAGCAGGCAUCCAGGGCUGCUUCACCGCAUACCACCUGGCCAAGCACUCAAAGAGGGUCCUCCUGCUGGAGCAGUUCUUUCUUCCACAUUCCCGAGGAAGCUCACAUGGACAGAGCCGCAUAAUCAGAAAGGCUUAUCCGGAGGACUUCUACACUCGGAUGAUGGAUGAAUGCUAUCAGACGUGGGCCCAGCUGGAGCAUGAGUCUGGAACCCGAUUACACAGGCAGACUGAGCUCUUGUUGCUGGGAUUGAAGGAGAAUCCAGAAUUGAAGACAAUCCAGGCCACUCUGUCUAGGCAGGGGAUUGACCAUGAGUGUCUUUCAUCAGAGGAUUUAAAGCAACGUUUCCCAAACAUUCAGUUCACCGGGGGAGAAGUGGGGCUCUUGGACAAGACUGGAGGUGUCCUCUAUGCAGACAAGGCUCUCAGAGCCCUCCAGCACCUAAUUUGCCAGCUAGGAGGCGCGGUGUGUGAUGGAGAGAAGGUAGUGGAGAUAAGGCCUGGCCUACCUGUCACAGUGGAAACCACUUUGAAGAGCUAUCAAGCCAACAGCUUGGUCAUCACUGCUGGCCCCUGGACCAACCGGAUUCUCCGCCCCCUGGGAAUUGAGUUGCCUCUCCAGAUCUGCUAUCACCAUGGUGACAGUGUGGACCCAGAGGAGCGGGACUGCCCUACAACCUUCUCAGAUAUCCAAGAUGUCCAGAUUCUAUGCCACUUUGUCAGAGAUCACUUACCAGGCCUUCGGCCCGAGCCAGACAUCAUGGAGCGCUGCAUGUACACGAACACGCCUGAUAAGCACUUCAUUCUUGAUUGCCACCCGAAGUAUGACAACAUUGUCAUCGGUGCUGGAUUCUCUGGGCAUGGAUUCAAGUUGGCCCCUGUUGUGGGGAAGAUCCUCUGUGAGCUAAGCAUGAAAUUAGCACCGUCUUAUGACUUAGCACCAUUUCGAAUGAGCCGCUUCUCUACACCGAGCAAAGCCCACCUUUGACCGCAGCUGACUCUUUCCUGGGGGAGGAAAGCCCUCAUGGUGAAGACCACAAAGAGAAGGAAGUAGCCUUGCCAUAUCUCCUGUCACUUCUGCUUCGAUGGAAUCUCCUGUAAACACCAAAUGAUUGACCCUCUCUUCCAUUCAUCCUCCGGAGUCCAGCCCCUUUCCCAUCCUCAGAAAGUCAGACAGAGGCUCAACACCACAUAACAGCAAGGAGCUCAAAGAUGGAUGUCUGGAUGGGGAGUGGCUCAAGAUGGGCUCAGUAGACUAAGGGGAUCCUUAAAUUUCUGUUUGCUGGAAUGUUGGAUGAACUUGAGCAUGAUCUGACUAAUUCAGGGGAGUCACAGAGAUCCACUUGCUUCUGCCUCCUGAGUGCUGGGAUUAAAACUGAGCGCCGCCACCACCCGGCCAAAAAUGAUCAUCUUUUAUAAACUACUAGUGCCUUUGGGGUUUCUUUGUUGAGAACUUGAGCCAAUUGCCAUCACCAACCCACAUAAAAUCUCACCUCUAAUAAAUAAACAUUUGCCAGGAAAAAAAAAAGUUGUUGAAC